ACUGACGCGCAUGAAGCUGUUAUCCGCCAUAUUGGUUAAAGGCAGUCGGCGGCUACCGGAGGGGGACAGAGCUGCUGUUUAUUCAACUUUCAAGAUGUUUAGGGGCCCUCAAAUCCUGACCUGGUCUUGUCCCAUAAGGUCAUUGCUGCUAUUGAGAGAGUCCCACCUCUGCGCUUUCUCUGGGCACACUGGUGCUGUAUGGCAGGGCGCAAAACAUGGGAAGGAAAGCAGAUACAGCGUGCUUCCUGAAAGAGGCAGAAGCAAGGAGGGGUCAUCAUUGUCCUCCGAGACUGUAUCCUGUGCAAUACAGCUGUCUUUAUUUAACUCGUACUGUGUUAAUCAUCAUCUGAGAGAGGCUUCAUUUCAAAACCUCCUAUCCAAAGCCAUUUUACCCAGCCAUCAUCACCCCCGUCUGGUUUCUACCUCUGUAAAAGACAAACGAGUGUCUGAUCCUUGGAAAUGCACUGCAGUGGAAGAUUCAGGUCAAAACCCCAAAGCUGUGAGAACUUACCAGGACUGUUUAACCAACACAACAUGCCUUCAACCCUGGAGAAGACCUUGGGACAAAGUUUCAUUCACUUUCACCAAUAAGACUCAAUGCAACCUUCCUCAAAGCCAUUUAUAUUACAGACAGCACUUUGUCAGACUUUUCAGCUUGUCAGCACAAACACCACAGACUUUAAACCACUUUUACAGUAGAACACAAGCCUCUAGCUUCUUUCUUCAGCAUAUCAAAGCGAUUCAUCAGGCCGCCUCUCGGGUGGUAGAUGGCUGGAGAGACUGUCUAUCCCCGGAGAAUGAAAACAGGUGUCGAAAGAGACUGGAGCCCAACUUAAAGCUCUAUGAUGUGGAAAAGAGGAGAAAAGCAGCAAGUCAGAGCCAAGGAAAGAACCAGGGGAGAUGGGCAUCUGUCCUGGUCUCCCUCUGUUCUGUUGAGGGGCAACCGGCGUUUCUCUUCACCCUGCGCUCCAGCACAUUGAAGGGCAGGCACAAGGGAGAUGUCAGCUUUGCAGGAGGGAAGAGUGAUCCAUCAGACAGAGAUGUGGUGGCCACAGCGUUGAGGGAAGCCCGGGAGGAGCUGGGUGUUAAUGUGGGAAUGGAGAGGGUCUGGGGUGUCCUGAAGCCUCACAGGGACAUGUCAGGGAUGGUGAUUGCUCCUGUGCUGGCUAACCUCGGUCCCCUAGAGGAGUUGUCCUUCAAACCAAACCCUGGAGAGGUGGAGGAAAUCUUCACCUUGUCAUUGUCCCACUUAUGCAACCCCCAGAACUGUGGCUACACACACUUCCGAACCGGUGACAAGUAUGGAUACACACUCCCAGUGUUUCGUAAUGGCAAGCAUCGAGUGUGGGGCCUGACUGCCGUCGCUUUAGACCAUACCCUGAAACUCAUUGUUCCUCCUUAGCAGCUCGGUCACUGUUACUUCACAGUUUACAAAUGUAAAGCAGACCUGUCAUGAGACUCAAAGAUCUGAUUAUGAGAAAUGUGCAAUCAAGCUUUGUGUAGCAAAAUCACGUCAGUAACACAAACACACACACACACAUAUAUAUGUAUGUAUGUAUGUAUGUAUGUAUGUAUGUGUGUGUGUGUGUGUGUAUAUAUAUAUAUAUAUAUAUAUAUAUAUAUAUAUAUAUAUGUAAUGGACUUGAUUUUCCAAUGCUUACAAAUCCUCUUUUUUAUUCAAGAGUUACCAGUUAAGUGGAUUUUAACUGAGAUAACCUUUGUCACAUGAGGUGAGCAUCUGUUAUAUUUUAUCAUGCUUGCUCAGUCAAGCAAAGCUGUAAAAAAAAAAAACUUCAUGAUUUCCAGUUAGACUCAACCCAUGACUGUUUCCCAUUUUAUCUCACACCUAUGUCAAAUAUGGACUGUUAUAAACACUGAAAAAAUACAGGCACAUUAUGUAAUGUGUUGUGUUCAAGGACAAUGCAUUAGAAGGUGUUUCAAAGGUAUUCUGUGUGUAUUGAUCAUUCUCUCUUCUUAGAUAUGUUUUUACAUGAUUUACAUGACAUCAAAACAAUAAAUAGUGUAAAAAGACAAUUUA